CCAAACCCAAACUGCUGACAGGAGUCGACCACUGGAAGCUGUCGCUCUGGGCACACCACCACCUUGCUCGAUAGCCGAGUCAUUCAACAAAGGUAACGCUUGAGUGGUUGGUAUUACCUCCACCUCAUCCAGAAUACCUAGAAGCAUUAGGCACUGAUUUACUAGAAACUUCAAUUGCUAUCUAGUCAAAGCGAAUGGGAAUCCACAAUCUUCUGCCAUUUGUAAAGAAUGCUUGUCGACAGGGGAAUGUCCGAGAGUUUUCCGGUUGUUCUGUAGCUGUUGACGUUAGUUGUUUAUUACAUAAAGGAUUGUUUGGUUGUUCGGAAAGUAUAGCGCAAGGAAAGAAAUCUACAUUUUACAUUUAUUAUGUCAAGAAGCAUAUACGGGCGUUGCUCGACCUUGGUUGCCAUGUCAUUAUGGUGUUUGAUGGUCGCCCAUUACCGGCAAAAAAGAAUACCAAUGACGAAAGGCGACAAAAACGUGCCGACAAUGUUAGAGCUGCGGAAGUGCUUCUUUCGGAAGGAAAAGUCAAUGAAGCGGUUGAUAAGUUCAAACAAGCGACUUCCAUCACGCCAGAAGUCGUCGAAAACACAAUUGAGCACUUUCGAAAAAUGGACAAUGUCGAUGUAAUAGUAUCGCCAUACGAGUCCGAUGCUCAGCUAGCAUUCUUAGUCAAUGAAGGUUUUGCUGAUGUAGUAAUCACUGAAGAUUCUGAUUUGGUCGCUUUUGGUUGUGAAAAGAUAAUCUUCAAAUGGAGCUGCGAUAGUGGAGACUGCACAGUUUACGAGAGGAAGGAGUUGCCACGAUGCUUUUCUGGUGUCAUGAGCUCACAAUUCGAUUUUACCAAAUUUCGUAGGAUUUGUAUACUUUCCGGUUGUGAUUAUCUACAGGCGGGUUUACCGGGUAUCGGGUUGAACAAAGCUUUAGCAUUCUUUUCCAAGACAUCGCGAACGGAUCUCAAAAUGCUUUUACCUCGUAUUCCAAGUUAUCUGAAUAUGUCCAAGUUGACAGUUUCAAAGGAGUUUAUCCAAGAAUUUAUACGAGCGGAAAAUACUUUCAUUCAUCAGGUAGUCUUCGAUCCACGGCAACGAUGUCAGCGUCCACUUACACCAUAUCCAGCUCCCCAGAAACAGCAGUCUGAUGAGAAUGAUGACGAUUUUGCGAGUUCCAACGAUAAAGAUGACUACUCAUAUGCAGGAGAGGUUCUGUCAUCCAAUCUCGCUGUGAGAUUAGCAUUGGGUAAUCAGAUUGAAAAAUCUGUCAUUAUGGACAAGUUCUUCCUACCGUCACCCGUGCCAGAAUGGUCUGUUUGGUGUGAUCAGUUCGAAAGUUGUGGUAGGCGAAAGCGCCGCAACGAAGAGACAAAGAAAGAGGAGGAGAAGAAAUGCGGCUCAGCAUUCAAGUUUAACUCACCAUCGAAAAAGCGUGCAAAGCUUGACCCCACCACCAUUGAUGUCAUUGAUUUGGAUAUAGAAGACAAUGCUAAAAUAGCUGAAGCCGUUAGGCAGGGAGCUGAGAAGAAUUUGACUGACCAGGGAGUGGAGAAGAAAAGUGCACAAGUCAAGAAGUCAAAUUCUUUGAGCAUUGAGAAAAAGGAGAAUUCGGAAGCUCGUCCAAAGCGGCUAAGGAAUCAAGCAACCUGUGAUUGGACUGUUGACGAGAUCAUGAAGGCUUAUGGUUCAACAGAACAGGAACAGUCUAGCACACCUAUGGCAAGCUUGCCAGGCUCAGCUGUAGAAAAGAUGUCUAUAAUCGCUGCCACAACUUCUACACCUGCCACGUCUACUGCCACCAAAACAUCCGUCAUAACUACUUGCUCUGGCUCGGGUCGUAGCGCUUACUUUGUGAAAAGGACUGCAGGUUGCGCCAAUCCAUUUAGGAAACCGUUGGUCAAAUCCUCGUCUCUAAAUGCAAAAGUUGAGAGCAAG